AAUGAUCAAUUCACAAACUAAAAAGAAAUUGCUUAAACUCUUUAACAAAUUAGAAGAAUAUGAAAUACAUUCAGAAUCUAUGAGAUAAAUACUCUGUCAAUAAGAUGAAUUUGAACCUUAUUCUGUUUUCAAGAAAAUCUGCAAUUCUGGACAUAUUAGUUCAUAAGAGAUCUACUAAUUAUUAUAAUAGAAUGGAAUGAUAGUCUAAUUGGAAUAAGUGAAUCCAAUAAUCAAAUGGUAUUCAUAAAAAUGUGAUAAUCGACUUACUUAUGCUGAUUUCUUGUAGAUAGUACUUCCAGCUAAUAAUCUAGAAUUAAGAAACCUAGUAUCACAAAAACCUACAUUUGCAAAAGAUAUAUCUUAUGAAAUAGAAUAUGGUGUAUGCAGAAUAUUUUAUAAAGAAAUUCAAAUUGCAGAUGAAAUUCAAGCUUAUAAACAAGAUCUGGUUUAGUCUCCAGAUUUUGAUUAUCGUAUUACUUUCUAAACUAUUGAUUAAUUCAAUUCUGGAUUUAUACAAUUAGAUUUAUUAGAACAUUUUGUAGAUAGAGAUUGCAAUGCAUUAAUGAGAAGAUUAGAUUAAAAUAGAGAUAGUUAAAUUGAUUUAGAAGAUUUCAGAAUUGCUUUAGAACCUCAAUAUGGAAAUAUAUAUUCACAAAAAUCAUCAGCUUCUACUGUAACUUCAGUUAAAUAGAUAGAAGUCUAAAAUCAAUUUCCAAAUAGAAGAGCUAAAUAGAGUGUAGCUAAGCAUAUUGAUAGAAAUAAGAAGAUAGUAUAAUAAAAGAAAGUAUAAUGUUAUGAUAUGGAUUAUUUGGCAGAAGCAUUAAAGAUUAUUUCAGAAUUAGAAUAUGAAAAUGAAUUUAGAAAAGAAGAAUUAGGAUAUCUUUAAUAUGAUUUUCUUGAAUUAUUUUCAUUUUUUGAUUAAGAUAAAACUGGUAAGUUGGCACCUGGAGAUGUCAAAUCAGCUUUAGAAGAAUUAGAAAUAUAUCCUACCUAAUCAUAAUUAUAUUUGUGGAUGAAACGAUAUGAUAUUGAUAGAGAUGGUAAAUGGAAUGUAAGAGAAUUCUUAGCUGCAUUUAAACCAAUAAACUAUUAAAAAAUUAAUACUAGAUAAUUAGAUAAAGAAAUAUUAAAUGCAGUUAAGAAUGUUAUUAAAACUGAAAUUGAGAAUGAAGUUGCUAUUGAAUGUAUUAGAAAGAAAUUAUCACAAAGACCAAACUUUAAUUUGAAAUCCUUAUUUGCUGUGAUUACUUCUAAUCAAAUUAUAGUUGAAUAGGAAUUAAGGACCUUCCUUGAAAAUCAUGGAGUUUAUUUGGAUGAAAAAAAUAGGGAAUUAUUAAUGAGAAGAUUUGAUAGAAAUGAAUAAUAAUACAUUACUUAUAGUGAUUUCCUUAAUGAAAUGUAGCCAAAAUAACCUAAAAAUUGA